UCCAAGUACAGUAAUAAUGAAGAAAACCUAGCCUGAGUGUGAAACAAGACCGAUCGUUCACCUCUAAUUACUAGCUGCGCGGCUGCUCCGCUGUCGUUGUCGUGGCCGACGCCUCUCCUGUGGUUUUGUUUCUGCUGUUCUGAUUCUCAUUCGUGGCAACUCCCCAGUCAUCUUUGCUGCUUUGUUCCGCUACCUGGGCCGCUAUACUCUGCUUCACUGAUUGCUUGAAGAAAUAGAAGAUGACGUGAAUUAUGUGGUUGAGAUACAUAUUUCUCAUGAUGCCAAACAUUGUAGUUUGCCAAGUUGAUAGAGAAUGGACAUGCCAAAGUGGGAGAAGUGAGCAAAAGUUAUUUGUCAGGAUUUGAGAAAACACUGCAGUGAAAUGAGUUACAUCACAUAUAAAUUCUUGAGAGGGAACAGUAUAUCUAACUCCAAAAUGUGGGAGCUUCUUAUAAUGUGACCAAUUUCAAUAGAGUUCCUGAAGACAUAAAUUGGAGUAUGGAGUUGUAUGCUUUGUGAGCAGCCACGAGAGUGUCAAACAUUUCCCCAAACAGAAGAGGGACCAAAGUAUUUCAGUUUUGUUCCUUCUCUCCCACCAAUGCAAACCAUGUUUUCCAACAACCUUUCAUUGAUCCCUCUGAAGAAUCUUCGAUUUCUCUCACAAUUUAACCAUCUCUGCACAAAAACACUCCUUCCAUCCGAUCCCCUUCCACACUCUCAAUCACAGGAUCCCGCAAAUGGCCCUAGCAGCCACUUCUCCAAGAAAAUCGAUGAUUUUCCCAUGAAAAUUUCAGCUGAAGCUCAAUCACACCUCGAGGUUAUUUCGAAAGAGGGUGUCUUGGACACCCUUUUGAGCCAUAAGCUUGACCCCAAAUCGGCUCUGAAGUUUUUCAAAGGAGUGGAGAGAAGACGAGGGUUUGUGAAAACUGUUGAUGUUUUGUGUUUGUUGGUGCAUAUUCUGGCUUCGAGCCCUGAUACUUAUGGGGUUCUACGGAAUUUGCUAAACAACUAUGUUUUUGCAGAUUCUAGUCCUACUGUUAGGGUACUUGUGGAAGAGUUGGUAGCAUGUGCAGUAAGGUACAAUUUUGAAUCUGAUUCGCGGGUUUUCAAUUAUCUUUUGAAUGCUUAUGUUAGAGCUAAUAAGAUCACAGAUGCUGUCGAGUGUUUUAGAUUGAUAUUAAAACAUGAUGUGGUUCCUUGGGUUUCAUUUAUGAACAUCCUUUUAACUGCAUUAGUCAGGAGGAACAUGAUUAGUGAUGCAUAUAGCCUGUAUGAUGAAAUGGUUCAAAGAAAAAUGUAUGGUAAUUGCUUUACUUUGCAUGUCCUAAUGCGUGCAUGUUUGAAGGAAGGGAAGAUUGAGGAAGCUGAGAUGUAUUUCAGUCGGGCAAAGGGUAGAGGGUUAGAACUCGAUGCAGCUGCUUACAGCAUUGUUAUUCAGGCUACUUGUAGGAGGCCGAACUCGAAUUCAGCAUGUGAGCUGUUGAAGGAGAUGAAAAAAUUGGGUUGGGUGCCAUCUGAGGGUACAUAUAAUUCUGUGAUUGCUGCUUGUGCUAAACAGGGAAAUCUUGUAGAUGCAUUGAGGCUUAAGGAUGAGAUGGUGAGUAGUGGUGUUCCAUUGAAUAUAAUUGUUGUGACAAAGUUAAUUAAAGGACAUUGUGAGCAAGGGAAUGUUGAUAGUGCAUUACAAUUGUUUGAGGAGGCUGUUAAGGUUGGUGUUACUCCUGAUAUGGUUACUUUCUCGGUUUUGAUAGAUUGGUGCUCUAAGACUGGGAAUGUGGAGAAGGCAUUUGAACUUUACUCCCAAAUGAAACUCAUGGCCAUUCAACCAAAUGUUUAUAUUGUAAAUUCUCUGUUAAAGGGAUUUCGGAAACAGCAUUUUCUAGAAAGUGCGUAUAUGGUGCUUGAUGAGGCUAUUGAACAUGGUAUUGCUACUGUUGUUACAUAUAACAUCCUUUUAUGCUGGCUUGGUGAGCAGGGAAUGGUUAAUGAGGCCCGUCAUUUGUGGGACAAGAUGAUAAGUACGGGAAUUACACCUUCACUAAUUUCUUACAACAACAUGAUACUUUGUCACUGUAAAAGGGGCUGCAUGGAUGAUGCCUGUAGUGUGAAGAAUGAUAUACUUAACAGCGGUUUAAAACCGAAUGCUUUUACAUACACACUUUUGAUAGAUGGUUUUUUCAAAAAAGGUGAUGCUAACCGUGCCUUUGGUAUGUUUGAUCAAAUGGUGGCUGCAAAUAUUGCACCUUCAGACUUCACAUUUAAUGUUGUUAUAAGCGGCUUGUGCAAAGUUGGCCGGGUGUCGGAAACAAAGGAUAUGUUGAACAAUUUUCUGAAGCAGGGCUUUAUUCCUUCUUCUGUGACAUAUAAUAGCAUCAUUGACGGAUUUGUCAAGCAGGGAGCAAUUGAUUUAGCACAGUCUACUUACAGGGAGAUGUGUGAAAGUGGAAUUUCACCAAAUGUUAUCACUUGUACUAGUUUGAUUAAUGGACUUUGCAGAAGCAGAAAGAUUGAUGUUGCUUUGAGAAUGUAUAAUGACAUGAAAAUCAUGGGAUUAGAGUUGGAUAUUACUGCAUAUAGUGUUCUCAUCGAUGGUUUCUGCAAAGUACAAGACAUGGAAGGUGCAUGCAAAUUCUUCUCUGAACUUCUGGAGGUUGGUUUGGUUCCAAACUCAGUCGUGUACAACAGCAUGAUUAGUGGCUUUGUAAAUGUGAAUAAUAUGGAAGCUGCACUUAACUUUCACAAGAAAAUGGUAGAAAACAAUGUCCCAUGUGAUUUGCAAACAUAUACAACGUUGAUCAAUGGGCUUUUAAAGGAGGGUAAAUUGAAUUUUGCUUCAGAUCUUUACUCAGAGAUGCUUUCCAAGGGUAUUAUACCUGAUACUUUCAUGUAUAAUGUUCUGGUAAGUGGACUUUGUAACCAAGGACAACUAGAGAAAGGUAGCAAGAUCCUAAAGGAAAUGGAUGGGAAUAAUAUAACUCCUACUGUUCUUAUUUAUAACACUUUAAUUGCUGGAUACUUUAGGGAGGGGAAUCCGCAAGAGGCCUUUCGACUACAUAAUGAGAUGCUUGAUAAAGGUCUUAUGCCUGAUGACACAACGUAUGAUAUUCUUGUAAAUGGAAAGCUCAACAAAUCCUAUGCUCAUGCCAGGGCUUGACUUGCAUAAAAUGGGUUGAGGAUGUAAAUUGCAAUAAUGGGUUUCAAACUAAUUGAUUUUAGUGUGAAAGUUGUAGAAUGAUUGGAAAUUGGUCACCGUUCUCUUUUUUAUUUUUUUUUAUUUGGACCAAGAAACAUGGACCAACUUACUUUCCAA